AUGAAUGCAAGCAAACAAUCUGAUAGUCGGUGCGCCUCCGAUGCUAUCCUAUUCGGUGAGACGACCAAAGACUCUGACGGCCGGGACUGCAUCCCGGAGUCGACAGCCGUACUACUGGGCAAAGCAACACAUGAGUCAGUGGCCGACAAACUGGACGCUAUGGUCGGCGCCGCCAACACUCCAGUGGACGACAACUUAACUUCCCGUUCGGACGAAACCAGUCGUACGGAUGGCGUGGUCGACGAGUGGCCCGGGUUUGCGGUCCGACGGCUUAACUGUGACGGAACGGGCUUUGAGCUCAUUUCAGACUCAAAUGUCGUACGAACACAACCACUAGAGUCCGAGUAUUCACUCAUUUUAGUGACCAGUCGUGCGAAACAAACGGUUAAAGAGGUGUUAGACUUAAGCGUCGAUCAGAAAUCCGACAAAAAGUUUGCGUCGCUUUUAGAGAAAACAUUUGCCGACGAAAAGAGUCUUACGGAAGACGCGGAUCGGGUGUCGGCGGUGGCCGACGACGAGGAGGAGUGGCGGGGGUUUGCGGUCCGACAGAUGGCUACUGUUAACGCCGACGGCGGGCCACAGAAGGCGCGCAUUGUAUCGCAACAUAUAAAUAGGUCUAUCAAUAGGCAGAAACCCAGCGUUUAUUUCAUAUUUUCAGGUCGAGUGCCAAACAUAAGCGAUCGGAUGCCGUCCCUAAUGACGAACCGGGCGUUCCGGGAGUCCAUCAAAGAGUCGGCUCGUAUACUAACCCCACUGGGGGUCGAUCUCAUGGCAUAUAUAACCCAAACACCGGCCGAUCGCCAGAAAGAGGUCAGCGAAGUUGUGAAGGUCACCAAAUAUCGUAUCGUAACGUUUGCCUAUCAGAUGGCUUUUGUGGACGCCUUGAGCGCACUCGGCGUCACUCCAGACGGCUAUAUCGGUAUAUCUAUGGGAGAGCUCGGGUGCGCACAUCUGGACGGUGUUGCCGAUAGGGGGCAGUGUUUUCGACUAUUAAUGGCCAUCGGACUGCCCGAUGGUCUACCUGUUGGGCGCAAACAUAUGUGCGCCACAAUCAACUGGCCAUGGUCAAAACUGGACCAACUACUUGCCUCAACAGUUCUUAUCAGUCCAUACGGUCAUCACAACGAAAAUCUAUCGAUGGUUGCGGGCGAAGAGGGGGCCGUCCGGGCACUGGUAGCCAACAUUAACACCACGUGUGGGGCGACCACCGGCAGAACAGUAGCUAUUGAGGUACACUUAACUCACACCGAAGCUGUGUUUGUACCGGAUUUCUACGAUACUGUAACAAAACGAUUUGCCAAAGCGGUACCCGAGUUGGUAGGGCGGGGUCGAGGCCCCAGCCAUCGAUGGCUACUGACAGCGGCUCUCAGUCCGGGUGUGGUCAGCCCCGAGUACAAGCCCACCGGUACCGACGACUUUUCACUCGUUCAAUAUUUUGCCCGCGUUUUGGUCUCUCAUAUUUACACAAAAGAGGCGGUCGAUCGGCUCCCGACCAACGCCCUGGUCAUCGAUAUCGGGUCGGGCGGACGGUUCAGGGACUUUAUCCUUUUGGGUAGACCUCAGGCCCGCUAUUUUGAGUUUAAAGGCAAUCAAUUCAGUGAUUUGUACACUAAUUCUGUGUCCGCCUAUAGUUUGGACGGACUGUUGCGCGAAAUGGGAUAUUUUUCCAAAUAUCUGUACCACGAUAUGUCCGACCCAUUGGCCGUCACCAACUGUCAAACCGAUGCCAUGCAAUCAUUGGAAAAGGUAUUAUCAAACGUCACGUUUGGAGCAAUAAUUGGCCCAAAGUAUGAGCAAAUGCUAGACAAAAACUCAAAUGUCGUACGAACACAACCGCAAGAGUCCGAGUAUUCACUCAUUUUAGUCGCCAGUCGUGCGAAACAAACGGUUAAAGAAGUGUUAGACUUAACUGUCGACCGGAAAUCUGACCCAAAGUUUAUGUCACUUUUGGACAAAGCAUUUGCCGACAGAAAGAUUGGUAGAAAAGGUACGGAUCGGGUGUCGGCGGUCACCGACGACGAGGAGGAAGAGUGGCGGGGGUUUGCGGUCCGACAGACGGCUACUGUUGGCGCCGACGGCGGGCCACAGGAAGCGCGCAUUUUAUCGCAGCAUAUAUACAGGUCUAUCAAUAGCCAGAAACCCAGCGUUUGGUUCAUGUUUUCAGGUCAAGUGCCAAACAUUAGCGAUCGGAUGCCAUCCCUAAUGACAAACCGGGCGUUCCGAGAGUCCAUCGAAGAGUCAGCCCGUGUACUAACCCCACUGGGAGUCGAUCUCAUGGCAUAUUUAACCCAAACACCGGCCGAUCGCCAGAAAGAGACCACCGAAGCGAUGGUCACGAGAUAUCGGAUCGUAAUGUUUGCCUAUGAGAUUGCUUUCGUGGACGCCCUGAGCGCACUCGGCAUCACUCCCGACGGUUAUAUCGGUAUGUCUUUGGGAGAGAUCUUGUGCGCACAUUUGGACGGUGUGGCCAAUAGGGAGCAGUGUUUUCGUCUAGUGAUGGCUAUUGGACUGCCUGAAGGUCUGCCCGCGGGGCGCAAAUACUUGAAGGCACUAAUCAAUUGUCCAUGGUCAGAGGUGGGCGCACUACUCGCCCCCACAACCCUUAUCAGCCAAUACGGUCAUUGUAACAAAAAUCAAACCAUGAUUGUCGGCGAAGAGCAAGCCGUUCGGGCACUGGUGACCAAUAUUAACGCCACUCCCGGCGCCCCCACAGGCAGAGCACUGGCUCCGGGCGCGCACUUAAUGCAUACCGAAGGGGUGUUUGUACCGGAUUUCUAUGAUAGUGUAUUAAAACGAUUUGCCAAAGCGGUACCCGAGUUGGUCGGGCGGGGUCGGGGUCCCAGCCAUCGAUGGCUAUUGACAGCGGCUAUCACUCCAGGUGUAGUCAACCCUGAGUACAGCGCCGGGGCUAAAGACUUUUCACUUGUGCAAUAUUUUAGCCGCGUUGUGGUCUCUCAUAUGUACGUAAAAGAGGCGGUCGAUCGGCUCCCGACCAACGCCCUGGUCAUCGAUAUUGGUUCGGGCGGACGGUUUCGGGACUUUAUCCUUUUGGGUAGACCUCAGGCCCGCUAUUUUGACAUUCAAGGCAAUGAUGUGAACAUCAAUUCUGUGUCCGCCUAUGGUUUGGACGGACUGUUGCGCGAAAUGGGAUACAUGUUUACUGCCGGUGUUUUGCCAUUAGCACUGUGA